CUCGCUGCCGCCCAGGUUUCCGGGUCGGGCGCGCGCAGUUGGCCACUUGCCCGGCAGCAAACCUUCCUCCAUCCUUCUUUCCUUCCUUCCUUGUCCCUGGUCACUUGCUUGGUCGGCCGCCCGCGCGCAGAGAUUGGCCUGCCGCUCAGAAGCCAGCCGGGAAAGGGCCACUGAGGUGAGCCAAACAAACACCCGCACCGCACCGUACCGCACCGUCCGUCUUGCCAUCUGACUGCCAUCCUGUGACGACGGGACCCCGGGGGGCCAGGCUAGGAGCCAGGAGCCAGGAGCCAGGAGCCAGGAGCCAGGAGCCAGGAGCCAGGAGCCAGAGCCAGGAGCCCGGACGGGAGCCAGCAAGCCAGCCCGCUGUUUCCAUUUUAACGUCUCGCCUCCCCUCCUCCCUCUCUCCCUCCCGCCCCUCCCUCUCCUUUGCUCUCCUCGCGAUUGCAACAGCGUUUGCGCCCCCAAGCACGGCACGGCGCGGGCUCUUUUGCCCUGGUUCUUGCUUGCGAACACACAACACGACGUGCAGCGGGCAUCCUGCCUUUUGCUGCCGGUGUUGGGUCUGUCGCCCUUCAUUUGCUCCGCGCAUCAACGGGCAACGAAUCACACCACGCCGCCGUCCGGACCCCAUUUCAAUCCCCCGUGUCUCGGGUGAUACCAGCGAAUUACAGCCCCCAAGCGCUGCUACUACCACGACAGCCACCCGUGGGCUGCCCGGCCAAAGAACGACAGCUCACUUGUCCGGUGACCCAGUGAACCCUGAGGAGCUUGUCGGUCGACGGACGAGCAGACGAAGAAAAUAAGAAGGCGCUUAAGCCACACACCACAGAAGCAAUCCUCGAAUUGCGACCAUCUCGCCCAUAUCUGCUUUUCGCCCUUCUGCGUCGACACCAGCCAGCCAGCAACCACGCACAGCUGACGUGCCGACCGACACCGAACCCCGCGCUUCUCUUUCGCACAGACUCAUUAUUGCGGCGGCCCAUUGCCGGACGCCAUCCGCGAACUGACCUGACGCACGACCUGCAAUACCUUCCUUACCGGGCCAUCCCACACCCCCCUUGCGCACGUCCUACCUUCGGCUGCCGGCGAGACUUUUUGCGCCUGCAAACGAGUGCUGCUAGUAGUAGGCUGGCGAGGCGGAAGCCACUUACCGGACAUCGCUACCCAGGCUCUCCCCACCCCCGGGCGCAACGAUUGCCUCGCGCACAGAGCUUGCCAUACCCCCCCGUCCGAUCCAAAUAUUUGGACCCCGUGCCCCGACGGCCCAUGUGCUUCAGUCUUCCACCAAGUUUAAAGUGAUCCGGGCAUUCUUGAAACACUUUACACUGCAAACAACUUCGAACUCUUGGAGUCCUCUCCGAACGCUCAUACCCUUUGUCGCAUCAUCCGCAUGAUUUACCACAACAUCGGCACCUCCACGUCUCGAACACGCCCGUCACCCAAACAACCUCGACCCACCAAGCGCCAAGCAUAAACUUCAAACCCAGGGCUUUGAUUUGUGAGCCUCAGGUUCCGUCGCCGCCUUCAUCGAGAGCAUUGCGUGCCUCAAAGAACGCGACUGUGGCGCCCAGCGGUGACUCUUACUUCGGCACCCCUUUGCCCCUUUGCGCGAUCCUCCAUGUUCAGUCGGUCCCGGAAAAGUCAUCGUCAGCGAAGCAACUUUCCGAGCCUAGCCGCCCACGAACCGAAACACCAAAGCUCCGACCUCUCAUCGCGACUCGCCGAAUUGACCAUUUUCAACCUCCAGGGCGCCUCGGGACCAAGGCCCCUGGUUGACGACUCCUUGCCGCCAGGCAACCAGUUCCCAUCUGGCUUUCGUGGCUCGUCUGUAGGCUCAACAAGAUCAGCUGCGAGUUCUGUCGUUCGUCGAGUCGGGGGCAUCGACAACAACGUCAUGGCGAGUACCGCCGACAGGAGUCGUUUGCGGCGCGAACGAACGUUUGUCGGCAGCGAAUGUGCCGUUUGCGAGGAACCGCUCGAACAUACCCUUCGCGGCGAGCGCAUCCUACAGUUCUCGUGCUCGCACGUCUCCCACGAGGCAUGCUUCUACGAAUUCAUCCGCGAACUCGAAGCUCAAUAUUGCCCGACCUGCGACGCGCCGCUGCAUCUUGAUACGAGCCGAGGAGGCAAUGUCAUCGACAUCAGUUCGUCAUCCAACAGAGCCAAGAGCUUCGGGGUCGCUACUAAUUCGGGGGUAGACAAGAUUAGCAACAUUGUGCGUACCGCUGGCACAGGCAAUGCAAGCGACACGCGCUCAACGCACACCCCAACGCCGACCUGGGACAACCAGACGGUUAGACCGCCGAGCGUCGAGAGCUCGCAACGGCGCCAGCAGCCCCAGCCCCCCAGCAGCAAUGGCCGCGAUAGCAUGGCGCGCGGAAGCCUGAGGGACAGCCGGGAGGCUCCCUCCUCCGACCGCCAUGGGUCCUCGAGGCAUGCACGGAGCGACAGUGAAGCAACUGGCGUCGCUUCGUCGAACGGAUACCCGGAGACGACCCAGAGCGGCCCGCAGUGGCGGCACGACUAUGAUGUCCAGGCAAUGGAAACCACACCGGGAAGUCCCAAGGGUGUCGCGCGCAACCCAAUACCAUCUCCCAUCGUUACCGUUCGGUCCGAGUUCCCUACGAUUAGUCGAUCACGCCAACAACAGACCCUCACAUGCUUGGUCACAGUUGAGGUAGCCGGCAACAAGUGGAGACCAGAUCCAGAAGACAUUGGAGGCCAAUCGCACAGAGCGCCCUCGGUCAAUGCGCGCAUCGACGAAGUGGCUGCGCGAGCCGUAACGCCCGCACCUAGCGCUCCACGGUUCUACCCGUACGAGUCUCCUGAGGCGCUCGAAGAGAUGACUGAGAGCCUCCGGAAUCGCGUUGACAACUGGCAUGGCUUAGACUUCAGCCGAUUUGGUCAAUUGAGAUUGUAUGGCACGCUGCGAGUUGGCAAAGAUAAAGUAUCGUGGCAGGAGUUAGAAUGCUACCUUUUCGCCGAAAUGCUCAUCUGCGUCAAAGAAAAGAAGCUACCCUCGCAAGCAGCAACUCACUGGGACGAUAAUGGCGCUCCUCGCAAGUCGACGAGAUGCACGCUCAAAGGUUCUAUCUUGAUCAAGAAGCAUCUGAACGAGGUCUCGGAGACGGGUACCAUUGAUGAAAACGUCUUGACUUUGAGUCUCUCCGUCGCCGAACUGCCCCAGUUUCAUCUACGGUUCGAGAACCGCAACCAGCUCAAGCUGUGGAACCAGGCCUUGCUGGACUUGAAUGCCGUUGAGGAGGCGCCUAUUCGCAGCCCGGACUAUGACCGUGGAGACAUGUCUGAGACGGACGAAGAAGUUGAGUGGCAGCGCUCUCGCCCACAAAGAGUCUCCUCGACAACAUCGUCCUGGGGUCCGAAGUCUGCUACGACGGCGCCAACAGAGUAUACCAAUUUCGCCGCAAAGACCCCGCAGCUUCAGACCUCGAUCCACGUGCCCAUCGACGUUGUCGUUGUGGUCCCAAUUUCGUCGUCGAUGCAAGGAGUCAAGAUCAACUUGGUUCGCGAUGCUCUUAAAUUUAUGGUCAACACCUUGGGCGAGAGGGAUCGCAUGGGCCUCGUCACAUUCGGCUCUGGCGGCGGAGGAGUCCCAAUUGUCGGCAUGACCACCAAAGCCUGGCCUGGUUGGUCCAACAUUUUGACCUCGAUCAAGCCGGUGGGCCAGAAGAGCCACAGAGCCGAUGUGGUCGAGGGAGCCAACGUGGCGAUGGAUUUGCUCAUGCAGCGCAAGCACAACAAUCCGAUUGCCACAAUCAUGCUGAUUAGUGACGCAUCUACGGCUGAUGCUGACUCUGUGGACUUUGUCGUUUCACGAGCCGAGGCGGCCAAGAUUACCAUACAUUCUUUUGGCCUUGGAAUGACCCACAAGCCGGAUACUAUGAUCGAGCUCUCGACAAGGACCAAGGCGUCGUACACGUACGUCAAAGACUGGAUGAUGCUUCGAGAGUGUUUGGCGGGCUGCCUCGGGGGCAUGCAGACCUUGUCGCACCAGAAUGUGAAGCUGAAGCUGAAGCUGCCCGAAGGAUCACCAGCCAAGUUUCACAAGAUCAGUGGUGCUCUACAAAUCACGAAGAGAGCCACAGGUCGGGAUGCCGAGGCCAGUCUCGGGGACCUGCGGUUUGGAGACAAGCGUGAUAUUCUUGUCCAGCUCGUCAUUAUGCCCGACAACUCGUCUCAGGAGCAGCUGCCACAGGACCCUUGGGACAACAUCGUCUCGGGGCUUGAGGCACUGAGCGGCUCAAUGGACAACGACACAGAGAGGGUCGCUUCUGUGGAAGAGGUACCCCUGAUCCAGGCUGACCUGAGCUGGGGCGACAUUCUCCGAGAAGGCACCGUCAGCCACAUGCCGCGGCCCUCGCUUCUUGCCAUCACGAUGCUGCCUGCCAACGCAAGCCAAAAGAAGUCGUGGCAAAACUCGCCGCCAAUCCCUCCUCACCCAAGCAUCGUCCAGCGGCGCAUGGAACUACUUACAUCCGACAUGCUCACCAGAGCUUUGACCCUGGUGAGCCGAGGUCAGCAUGACAGGGCUCACACCCUCUUGAACGAGACCAGAUCUAUACUUAAGGGCCUUGGGAAGGGCGGCCUCCCACCUGUUCCUCCCUCGGCCAGCAAGUCGGGCCCAACAACCUCGCACCCGGGUAAUGAGCAUUCUUCGAACGCCUCCGGCACUCCAGACCGCAAGCGAAGCCCCUCGCCACCUACAUCUGCCACCUCCUCUGGAGGCAACGGAUACCAAAAUACCCAACUGGGUCGCAGCAGAUCCAACGAUGGGUUGGGCCUUGGGACCGGGAUCGACCCUGGAACCGUGGCCGCUCUAGACGCGGAGCUGGAGAGCAGCCUAGAGUGGAUCAGUCACCCAGCUGUAUUUGGUCGUGACAGCCGUAAGGCCGUCCUUCAAGCCAUUGGAGUCAUCAGCUCGCAGCGUGCUUUCACGUUCCGGACCCCAAUCGAGAGCCUUUGGGCUGGUCGCGUCGGUGGCAUCAAGAGACUAGCGGACAAGAGCCGCGAGUGGCGCGAGGAAUGCGGCGAGGGCGGUAUCAUGGAGGAGGCUUAAAAGUCUUGACAUGCCUUGCCCCUCAUUUACGGUCCGCCUGAUCCAUCGGCUCCUCGAGGAACGCAUAUCGGCUUAACUUGUGGCUGGCUAAAUGCCAGCAUGCUAUUUCGAUCAGACCAGCACACACGUUACACAAGCAGGACAGCGUGCUUGGGUCAGCUUCGAUACUUCUACAUCUUACGUCUUUUAUGUCAUCCUAGCUCAGAUAAACAUAUACCCGGUGGGCGUACUUUCUGAGAGUGGGGUUGCUUUCGUUUGCUGGCUUUGGUCGACUUUGUCGAGGGGGCACAUCUGACCUGGUAGAGAGACAUGAUGUUACGGCUGUGGGAGCUGGCUGCGGCCCUCCCUUAUAUAAGGUAAAAAGUCCCUGGUCAUUUAUCUCUUUUCCUAAUUCUUGGAUUGGCCGCCUGUUAUUUGGGGUGGAGAGGAGGUCUUUUCACGAAGUGAGAUCAAGACACCUGCUCCUUUCUUGGAUAGCAAUUAUUUUGCUGUCGAGGCUUUCGCGCUGGGCGGGUGGGGCAGGUGAUCUUUAUCCGCGGCCACGCUAUGCAACGAUCUUUCAUGUAUAUUAUGGGCGGCUGGCCUGGGACCAUUUCAGGAGGAAGGGGAGGGACCUUUGGAUUUUCUCCGACCAUCCGACUAGACGUGUUAUAUGAUGUUUCAAGUGUCUAAUAUGUAACGCACUUCAAUGCUUCACAAACAGCAACGAAAGGUUUUGAAUGCGGUUCGUUUUGGCGG